AUGGUUGACCCCGAACACUUCAACAUUUACCCAAUUCUCUUCUUUACGGUGUUUUCUUUGGGUGACGGCAAGGCACAGACAGCACAACCUUUACCCUCUCCGACUCUCUGGGAUUACUCUUCCAUUAUCGUGGUAGUGGUAGCCUUCAUUUUAGCGUUCUUGUUGGUGGCAGUGUUUUCAAUUUUCCUCCAUCGCUGUCUUCAGUCACACCUUACCGAAAGGACAUGCACAUGUUCGCAUGGUAACAUUCCCCCUGAAAUACUUAGCACUUUCCCCAUCUUCUCUCACUCUUCCCUCAACCACCUCAGAAGAGAACUAGAAGAAACCCUUCAAUGCGCUAUUUGCCUCAACGAUUUCACUUUUCACGACACCCUCCGUCUUCUCCCUCAUUGCAACCAUGUCUUUCACCCUCCCUGCAUCGAUGCUUGGCUCUCUUCUCAUGCCACAUGUCCUGUUUGCCGCGCCAAUCUCCUUCGCCCCCGCACCAUGUUGUUAUCCAGUGACCGCCGAGGAGGGUGA